AUGGUGCAGGCGAGUUGUGUUGCGACGAUGGCAUCCAUUCAUGAUGCUAUGACGAUAGUUGGCUUGAUAGUUGCUACAAAAAAACUGAAAAGAUCUAAAAGGCAUCGAGCUAUAUGGUGUAAGGACUGGUUAAUGAAAAGAGAACAUUAUUCACACAUCAAUUUAGUGAACGAAUUGAAAUUUGCACCCAAAGACUGGCAUAACUACCUGCGUAUGAACGAAGAAACUUACUUGAAGCUUCUAUCGAUGGUUACUCCACUUAUUAAAAAGAUACUGGAAGCAGUUACGAAGACCUAA